CCGAAAGCGGAGCGCGUUUCCGCAUGAGGCGGUUGAUUCGUGAGCGCCGGGGCGCUAGGCGCCUGCGCAGAGGCUCAGGCGUCUCCCCGCUCGGCCCGGGUUAGAGGGAGGUGAGUUGGCGUAGAUCCCAUGGAGCAGAAGAGCGGUCCGGAUGGUGCACCGGAGGCUGAGCGGGAGGAGGGAGAGCCCGAGGUAAAGAAGCGGAGACUUCUGUGUGUGGAGUUUGCCUCGGUCGCGAGUUGCGACACCGCCGUGGCUCAGUGCUACCUGGCCGAGAACGACUGGGAGAUGGAAAGAGCGCUGGACUCCUACUUCGAGCCGGCAGUGGAGGAGAGCGCUUUAAAAAGCCAUCUUGAUACCGCCUUUGAGCCCGAGUCCUGUGUUGACCUAACCAAGGAAGAAACAAGUGAUUCCAUUAGUUCUAAAUCCAGCACAUCUGAAAAUGUUCAGCAAGAAGAUGGCAGCAUGUUCUCUUUCAUUACCUGGAAUAUUGAUGGAUUGGACCUGAACAAUCUGCCAGAGAGGGCUCGAGGGGUGUGUUCCUAUUUAACUUUGUACAGCCCAGAUGUGGUAUUUCUACAGGAAGUUAUUCCCCCAUAUUCUACCUACCUAAAGAAGAAAGCAAGUAGUUAUGAGAUUAUUACAGGUCAUGAAGAAGGCUAUUUCACAGCUAUAAUGUUGAAGAAAUCGAGAUUGAAAUUUAAAAGCCAAGAGAUUAUUCCUUUUCCAAAUACAAAAAUGAUGAGAAACCUUUUGUGUGUGCAUGUGAGUGUGUCAGGAAAUGAACUUUGCCUUAUGACUUCUCAUUUGGAGAGCACCAAAGGGCAUGCUAAGGAACGAAUGAAUCAGUUGAAAAUGGUUUUAAAGAAAAUGCAAGAGGUUCCAGAGUCCACUACAGUUAUAUUUGCAGGAGAUACGAAUUUAAGGGAUCACGAAGUUACCAAAUGUGGUGGUUUACCCAGCAACAUUUUGGAUGUCUGGGAGUUUUUGGGCAAACCUAAGCAUUGCCAGUAUACAUGGGAUACACAAAUGAACUCUAAUCUUGGAAUAGCUGCUACUUGUAAGCUUCGUUUUGAUCGAAUAUUUUUUAGAGCAGCAGCAGAAGGUGGCCACAUUAUUCCCCGAAGUUUGGACCUCCUUGGGUUGGAAAAACUGAACUGUGGUAGAUUUCCUAGUGAUCACUGGGGUCUUCUGUGCAACUUAGAUGUAAUAUUGUGAACUGCUUUUCAAAUACGAGUUUUAAAUGUUCUGAGCAAUUUUGUUCUGUGUUUUUGCAAAUAUAAUUGCUACCUGUCUGGAAAGGUAGUUUAAUAUGGAGGAAUUAAUAUACUGGAUCAUUGUAACAAAAGAAAAAACGACUGUGAUUUUAUUUUGUGGAUUGUGUCCUCAGAUUUCAGAACUAAAUCUUAGUGUUUAUUUAAAUGAAAGCAUACCUGUGUUCAGAACAUGAGGCCUCUUAAUGAAAGGUCGCGAAGGCUAUCAGCUCUUACAAGCUCUGGCUUGUAAUAGUGCUCACAGCUGCUGGCUGGAUCUGCAUUUAAAUAGAUUGCAGCUAUCCUACGUCAGACUUUUUGUCAGCUAACAGUGCCUAAUUGGUAAGCUAGAAAUGAACUCAUGAUUUAAAAUCCGUUAAUUUUUAAAAAUUCAUGUUUGUAGUUAUGUCACCAACAGAGGCAAAGUUAGGCUUGAUAAUGAUUAAAGUCAGUUUUAUAGAGGCAUUGAACUUUUUUUCUAAGAGAAAAAUAAAUGUGUAAAAAGAAUUAGCCUUUUUUGCUACUUGUAAAACUGAAUUUUUUUCAAGACAUGGAUGAGGAAUACUUCUACAUGUGCUUUAAGGAAACAUUUUUUUCCCAUAAGAGA